GAAGAAACUUCGUCGGGGCAAGAGCUUAAACUUUAAAGAAAAGUGAAAAGUCGUGUUGCUUGUUGGCUUGUUUUGGUUUUUCGGGCUAAGUGUCAAUGUGCUAAUGAGAUAGAUUGGAUGAUGUGCCGCAUUCGAAACACCCAUUUUAUUCUUCUCCAAUUGCAUACUGUUUUAUACAUAGCACAAUGCUAUUAACUGUUAUGAUUAAAUAUUUGCAUUUUGAAAUAUAUUAAAAUGGGAGUUUAAAAGUUCGUUUACUCUGGUGAAAGUGUGCUAACGGUUUUGUAUGCCUUCAAAUACUGCCGUGACGAAACACAGUCUCAGCAAUAGCAAUACUGCUGGGCCUCAGAAAACUUAUCUCACUGCAAGUCAUAUGCAUAGGGUAUUAAGUGCAACACAAUAUAUUUAAAAAUUAACAUGCGGCUUUAAUGAUUUGAGUAUUUGUGUACGUAAAGCGUGUUCUACUAUUCAUAAACUUUUGACUCCCUUUAUACACCUAGUACGAAUAACCCGAAUAAAAGAAUAAAGGAAAAGAUUUUGGAUUAUGAUUCCAUAUAAUUUUAUGAAAUUAUACAAUAACUGCAAUCGAUUCGGUAAAAGAUAUUUAGAUGAAAUGUAAUUUUUACGUUCUGCGCCGAUGUUUGUAAGAUAAUGCAACAUGCUUUCAAAAAUUGCAUUGUUUCUUAUUAUCUGGAGUUGCGGCACAUUGGCUGCGGACAUCCUAAUGGCUACACAAGGCGGAACGAAGUCACACAAGAUACCAUUCUGGGAGUUAGCUAAGGGAUUAAUAUCCAGAGGACACAAUAUUACCUUUCUAAGUGGAUUUCCUGCUGAUUUCAACAUUGAAGGACUGCAUGAGAUAACACCAGCCGGCCUAGUUGAAUAUAUCCACAACUAUACCAAUUGGGAUCUUUUGGGCUCACGAAUGGCUGGAGAAAUGCCCAUUAAGCCCUGGGAUGGCCUGCGAUACGCUUUUGAAUCAUGCGACGCAAUGCUUCGUGACUCAGAAACUAAGGAGCUGACCAAGAAAAGCUUUGAUUUGGUCAUAUUGGAUGGAGCUUUCCCAGAGUGCUUUUUGGGAUUAAUGUACGACUUAAAGAUUCCAUUUAUGUACAUUAACACGGUGGGCUUCUAUACAGGGAGUAUCUCGAAUGCAGGCAAUCCCGUUAGCUACUCUAUUACUCCAAACUUCUAUUCUCGAUUUACGGACACAAUGAAUCUUUACGAACGGGCUAUUAACACGGCCAUGCAGAUAGGACAAACAUUGAUGCACAUGUAUGUAAUGCGUCGGACACACCUUGUGAUGCGACAGCAUCUGGGUGCUCAAAUCCCGCAUCCCUAUGAAAUGUCGCGCAACGUGAGUUUCAUUUUGCAAAAUGGACACGCAGUUUUGUCUUAUCCUAGAGCCUUUAAUCCAAAUGUAGCAGAAGUGGCUUGCAUUCACUGUAGGCCAGCUAGAAAACUUCCUACCCACCUUGAGGAAUUCAUCGGUGCUUCUGGAUCAUCUGGAUUCAUUUAUGUUUCUAUGGGUUCUUCAGUAAAAGCCGCGAACAUGCCAGAGGCGUUGAGGAACAUGCUUGUAAGGACCUUUGCACGUCUUCCGUAUCAUGUGCUAUGGAAGUAUGAAGGAAGUUCCACAGAUAUAAAAGACAUCACAUCAAAUGUAAAACUUUCACGAUGGCUACCGCAACAGGACAUUUUGGGACAUCCCAAGCUUAGAGCGUUUGUAACACAUGGAGGGUUGCUUAGCAUGUUUGAGACGGUAUUUCACGGAGUACCCGUAGUUACAAUGCCGGUAUUCUGCGACCACGACGUUAACUCAGCCAAGGCCGAAGUCGAUGGGUAUGCCAUAAAGCUAGAUCUUCAGACGCUGUCAGCCAAUCAGUUGUACAAGGCUAUUAUGAAAGUAAUUCACGAUCCUCGCUACAGAAAUUCAGCGCGAUAUCGGCAAAAGCUCUUUCUGGACCAGCGCUCAACCGCGUUAGAUACUGCAAUAUACUGGACCGAAUAUGUGCUGCGACACAAUGGCGCUUAUCAUCUACAGACUCCCUCCCGAAAUAUGACAUGGUGGCAAUACUACUUACUCGACGUAGUGGCCGUUUAUUUAAUUUUACUUUACGGCCUGUUUUCAGCACUGAAGCGCAUUGACUUCCGAUCCGAGAAGGUACGGAGUCUUCAUUCCCUGAUUUCUCCUAUAUUUACAAUAGCAAAAUCGAAGUCAAAGAAGAUUUAACAGAACUAAUUUAUAUCUCUAUAGUGGGGUGCCUAAAUAAUAAGAAGAAUACGUUGUGAUUCAAAGCGUCAAACAAAUGGAUCGAUUAGAAACUUUUGACUAUUUCAAAUAUUGUAUACAAAAAUAUUUUGUACAAACUUUGUUAAUUUUAUAAUUAUUUAAAGAAUUAAAAAAACGCGCAUACAAAAAAAA